GUAUGAUAAUUUAUUAUGUUCAGUCAGGCUUAUGGAAAUUGGCGUUUACUCAAAAAUAACUGGCCACAAGUCAAAAAUAAAUCUCUGCUUUUGAAAAAAUUUUGGCACAACUUUCCAAUUACAAUUAUCAAAACUUCCCAAUUAAAAUUAGCUGGAACAUCACUGAUGGUUAAUGUGGUGUUUUAGAUUUAAAAGGUCAAGAGGGAUCCUAUCUAUAUUACGUAUUGGAUUCAUACUAAUAUUAUGUCUGAGGUUAAAUGAAUUCUUUGUUCUAUUAAAGUAUUUAUCUUUCAUUUGCGAUGUCAGGCAUAGACUAUUAGUGCUCAGAUCAUCACAGUUGAUCCUAAAACAAACCCGUGCUCACGUAUCAUGAGCCUCGUUUGUUUUCAGUAGUCUCUUCAAAAUUAUCCAAAACAAAGUUAAGAGAAAUAAAUUUUUGGAAAAAGAAUCGUUAAUGACUAGGAUUAGUGAAGCAUGUGAUAGUUUGUAUUCGAGUGAUUCAAAAGGCUUUGUUUCUCAUUCUGUCAAAGGCUUUGAUAAAUGUUUAAAUAAGGAGAUGUUGUGCCGUCAGUUCUUAUUUUGUGCAGUCUGUUUGUGCAGUCUGUAA